GUGCCACUCACAAAUGUGCCGGUUUAUUUUUGUAAAUAAAUAGUAUAAUACGAGAUGUGGGUGUAAAAUGUUUUUAGCAAUGCAAAAUACAAUUUGUUGUGAUAAGCGAUAAAAUAAAAGUAUGAACUAUGCAGUAUGUUUCUAAAGCCAGUGCAUAAAAGUUACCAGUGCGGAUGUAAAUAAUUGUUUUUAAUUAUGGAUACUACGUCAAGAAGAAGUUAACGUAAAUAAUAAUUAACUACUAAUAAGUAGAAAGUGUAAAAAUGAAUAAAGAUUUCCCAAGCCUUGAUGGGCAAGUUAAAAAACAUCAACGGGAGACUGUAACUCCUUACAAAGUUGCUGUUGUGAUGUUUAUCAAAAUUUAUUGUUCAGAUACAACAAAUAAAGCUGUUGUUGAGAAGAGGGAUUUUUGUAUAGCAGCUUUGAAAUUAAUCCAGUCACCAGAUUUAGACAAAAGAGAUAUAUUAUACCUAAUAAAUUCAAAUGAAUUUGAGUUGGCUCGUUUGAGUUUACAACUUAAUGAUGACUUGGAAAAGUUAUGCUCAGGAGGCAUUACAGAAUUAUUAGAUCUAUUUGACAGUCUUGGAAACUUGAUGAAACCUAUUAUAGAUAAUCCACUUGUUGCCUUACUGAACAAACAUUCUGUGCUUGGCCUUUAUGUGAGAAGAACCAUUAUGUUAUUUGAAAAAUUAUCAUUUUCUAGAGUUGUUACACUUUAUGAAGAUUUAAAGGCUUACAUGAAGGAAGAUGAUGAUGAUGAUAUAUUAAAUAUGUUUAUGGCAGCUGGUUUUAGAAGUGAACAAACGUUUCCUAAAAGCCAUAAUGUUUGGGGUGGAAGGCAAGCCGAGCUACUUGUUGCUCAACAAGCUCGUGCACUACUUACAGAUGAGCACAAAGCUUUACCUCCGGCAGAACUUCAAGCUCUUGUCAAAGAUCUCUUAAGAUGUAGUCCCUAUUACGCAGAAGCACAUUAUUUGAGUUAUCUCAAUUACUUGCGAGUAAGAGAAUUCUGUGGGGCAAUGGACAGUUUAUAUCAUUGUUUUGAUAGACUGACGCCUUUGGAAAGUCGACCUACAUCAGAUGAUAAACUGAGAACUUUUAGAUAUGCAGCUCUAAAUCUUUCUGCAUUUUAUGCUCAAUUUGGUUACAAAACAAUGGCCCAUUCAGCUCUAAAAGAAGCUAUAAUGCUGGCCCAGGAAGCUGGUGAUAAUGUUUGUCUACAGUUAGCUCAUUCAUGGAUGUAUUAUUUGACGGAUGAUGACAAUAAGGGACCAUUAAUCGAAAGAUCUGUUGCAAAGGCAACUUCAUUAAAUAUGCAUCACACAGCUAGUUUGGCACUCAUUGCAUCUGCUCAUAAUUCCGCAAUGGAGGGUAAUAAUCCUCAAGUAGUGUUUGAGACCCUCACAAAAUCAGACAUGUUGAAUAGCCAACAUGCAAUGGUUGACUUGAUGUCAAUGAUUUACGCGGAAAAGACUGCUAUUUGGGCGUACUAUGGUAAAACGGAAAUGGCAUCUGUAUGCGCGCAAUUACUGUUGCUCUUCAACUCGGGUGAAAAGAAACAGUUGAUGUUUAAUGGCCCAUCUACUUGUCAGGCCGUUGCUACAGUUGCCAAUAUCCUUCACGAUAUGGGCGAGUAUAAUUUAGCAACUACUGUUAUCGAACACGCCAAAGAACGGUUUCCCAAUCAGCCGAGCAGCAGAGUAUGGGCUCUGAGCGAACAACUGCACGAAUUCUUCAAGCUUAUGAGAAACGAGAAAUGGUCUGCUGCCGAGCAGAUUGCUUGGGACAUUUACGGUUUGGAUCCUAUCGAGAGCAAAUUUAGACUGAUGGAAGUCUUAUUUGCGAUGCACGACUUUCCGGGUGCCAUGAAAAUAGCUUACGAACUUGACGAAAAUGAGAGCAUCACGGCUCAGCAGAAGGUCAGAGCAAAGCUUUGGAUGAGCCAAAUAAAGUGUGGUUCCGUUCAUGCCGGCACUCCUAUAUCGACUUCAGAUUCAGUAUUACUGUUAAGUUCCGCCUUGGACAUAGCUAAGAGUAAUCAUUUGUCGUACUACGAAGCGCUUGUCAAUAUGCACAUGGUCACUUGUCAGUUACUGUUACAAAUGCCCUUUCAAGCGCUGCGUAACGUUAAAGACGCUAUGAUACACAUCUUAGCUCACGGCGGAUUGUACGACCAGGCUCGAGCUUACGUCACGUACGCCAAGGUGCUAUCGGCCAACACGCAAAAUCAGACUGCCGAGACGAAAAAGUACAUGAUGAUGGAGGCCAUAAAACAUUUGCAAAAGGCCAAAAAAAUACUAGAAAAGCUAGAAGCUAACGACAGAUUAAAGAGCACACUGUAUCUCUUGAGUGUUUUUUAUAACGAGAUCGGUAUGCACGACGAGCGCAACAAGUGUGCCUUUGAAUUCAAACAGCUAGACCAGCAGUUCCCUAUGGAUAGAAAUCAUGUUAUUUUGUUUUGAAUAUGGACUCUUUUACUUACAGAGAUGAAAUCAAUUUUCUCAUCAUAAUUUAAGUGGUGAGGUGCGAAAAAUAGUUUUUGCAUCUUUCUUUUUUUUUUCCUUCUUUAAUUGAUCAAAAAGGGAAAGGCUAUAA